AUGGUGCCACAACAAAAAACAAUUCAAGAAACGUUAAACUUAAAUAAAGAACAGCAUGUUUUAGACCUUAAAGUCAAAGACCUGGAGAUCGGCUUAACAUCUUUUCUGACAGAGCACAAUAUACCCUUUCUGGCUAUAGAUCACUUAACAAGGCUAUUAAAAUCAAAAGUCACUGAUUCCAAAAUUAUUCAAGGGUUGCACCUAUCUAGAACCAAAGCAACCAAUAUUGUAAAUAAUGUUCUGGCUCCUGAUAUUUUAGAAGAGCAUGUUAAAUAUUUACAAACACACAAAUUUAGCUUACUUAUAGAUGAAUCCACUGACAUUGGAAAUGUAAAAUCAAGUGUAUGUACUAGAUAUUUUAAUGAUGUGACAAAUAAAGUAGAAGUGCAAUCAUUGGGUUUGGUAGAUAUAUUUUCUAAAAAUUUUAAUGAAGCUAAUGAGGGAGCUACAGAGACUGAAUUUCCAGCAGCAACUGACGCAGAAGUGAGUGAACCAAUUCCAAUUACAUCACAUUCAUCAGACAAUACUUCACCCUUUCAUCCAGCUCAACAGUAUCAAACCAAGAUAAACAAAGCCCAGAAUCAUCAAACUGAAUUAGAGAUACUUUCAAUACCAAAACGUCCAGGUCAAUUAAAAUUAUUUGGUGUACGAAAUAAAGGUGACUUAUCAGAAAAAGAAAAAUCCGAACUACAUAAUUGUAUUGUGCAAAUGAUUGUUACUGAUUUCCAACCGCUAACUUUAGUAGAAAAUAUUGGAUUCUUAGCAUACACAAAAAAACUAAAUCCACUUUAUACACCACCAAGCCGAAAAACAUUUACAAAUAAAAUAAUUCCAGAUUUAUAUAAUCGAGAGAGAGCAAACGUGAAGAAAAUUCUAGAUGAAGUUAAUCAUGUUGCUAUAAAAACCGAUAUGUGGUCUUCAGAUAGUAAUAAAUCAUAUAUUACUGUUACAUGUCAUAUCAUUUACCAAAACAGGUUCAUUUCACGAGUUUUAGCUACAGAGGAAAUAACUGUCAGCCACACAGGCAAAAAUAUUGCUAACGCAAUAUCUAAUAUUUUUGAGACAUGGGGUAUAAGUGAUAAAGUGGUAACAAUUGUUUUUGACAGUGGUGCAAAUAUUAAAAAUGCCAUUAAUGAACACUUGCACAAGUAUCAUCAUCCCUGCAUUGCCCACACCUUAAACCUAAGUGUAAAUGAGAGCCUAAACAAUAACGAAAUCUUAAAUGUGAUUUUAAAAAAAUCUCGUAAUUUAGUCACGCAUUUUAAACAUAGUAUUUUAGCUUCACAAAAACUGCGUGAUAUCCAACAAAAAAUGAACCUCCAAGUGCUAAAAGUAAAGCAAGACGUUUCCACAAGGUGGAAUUCUACAUUAAUAAUAAUAGAACGUCUUGAUAACUUAAAGACUCCGCUAACUGUAGCAUUAUCAGAACUGCCAAGGGCUCCAGAGUGUUUGGAUGCUUCCGAAUGGGAAGUUAUUUUCGAUUGUAUACCCCUGUUAACACCGAUAGCAAAUAUGACGACAGAGCUUUCCGGAGAAAAAUAUCUGACGAUAUCUAUAGUAAUACCACUAAUUAGGGGACUUCAAAGCUCUCUAAGAAUAUAUUGCCCCAAGACAGAAGUAGGAGAAAAACUAAAAAAGUCUUUAGUUGAGGUGAUAGCGCGAAGAUUAGGGUCUAUAGAAACUAAUGAAAUACUAGCCAAGGCUACCCUUUUAGAUCCUAGAUUAAAAAAAACUAGCUUUUGGUUUAGACGAAAACGCCGCUAA